AUGUUUGUUUUAGCGACAUUAACUAUAAGUGCCGCCAAGACCCAGGAUCAGUGGUUCAAGCACUAUAACGAGCAUUUCGUUGUUCCAUAUUUCAAGAAGCUUGAUAAGAAGAACGCAACAGCCUUGAAAUAUCUUGCUCAGCCAGAAUAUUUCCAUUCCGUCAUUCUCCCAAGAAUGCAGAGAGAGAUUUAUAAGGGCAUCAUGAACCAAACAUUCCAUUUCAAGCCAAAGUAUAACUACACAAUGUCACGCCGUGUUAAAAACAGUCUCUCAAAGGAAACCAUGAGAUUUUUGAAGCUCACUCAUCCACAAGGAUUAAUUAACCCAGCAAUUCCAUACAUGAUGAAGUACAUCAACAAUGCUGUCAAUGGAUAUUCUGAAUUCGAUACUAGUCUUGAAAAGAAUGCAUUACCAAAGCAAAUCACAGAUCCGUUUGUCCGCUUAGGAGAAAUGAUCAAGAGAGAAGCUGCAAAGUACUCUGUCGUCAACUCCACAGUUGAAAAAGUCAAGAAGUUCCUUAGAGAAGCACCAAAGGAUCAAACAAUUGUCCUCACAAAGCAAAAGGUUCAAGAUCUCCUCGCAAAGGCCCGCCAAACUGCAGUUGCUCUCAUCAAGGAAGCCGAAUCCAAGCAAAACGCAGAAGAGGAAGAAGACCCAGAAAAUGCUUGGAUCACAGAUCUCGCAAAGAAGUAUGCUCAGGAACUUGGUGUAACAGCUGCUGUUGAAAAGGCAAAGCAUACAAUUGGAGCUUUCUAUGAUAAGUACAUCAAACGCCAACCAAAGGUUGAAUCAAAUAUUUUAUGGAAGUAUUUUCCUCCCAAAGAAAUUGAAAGACAUGUCAAAGAAAUUUUGGGUACAAUGAGAACAUAUCAACAAGCAGAUAAGAACUUUUAUAAUCCCUCAAUCGUGGAUCAAUGGUGGAGACCGGCACCAAAGGCAAAUAAGAAAUACGUUCGUCCCGAAUUCAGGCCAUAUUUCGAAUGGAUAUAA